AUGGAUAGAUAUCAAGAGGUCACAUUGUACACGAGUCAAAUAAACAAAAGUAAAGAAUGCGGUUUGGCCGCGGCCAGGGCAGCGGACGAGAAAAUGAAAAAAUAUAGGAACGCCCUCCCCUCGAUGGAAUUCUUGCCAAUAUGUAUCGAGGUUCUCGGCCCGAUGGACCUCAAUACCCUUAAAUUUCUUAAGGCAAUAUGUAAAAUGAUCAGCGUCAGAUCAGGCGACAGCAGGGAACUGUUUUUCGCAACUAACCACAUUUCGUGCUUGUUGCAGCGGUUCCUGCGCGUCUGUGUGCUUGAAAAUAUCCAACUGAAUGCCGACAUGACUAAUCAAACCAAUUACGUUAUUAAACGGUUGGCCGAAUUCAGUUCGACCGAGGUCGAGAUUAUUGUGGCAAGCUUCAACACUGACCACAACACCAAACCGCGUAAGCACAAUCCAAAUAGUUGGAUUAGUGCAGUAACCACUCGGAUUGAACAGGGCAGUCUCUCGGCGGCCGUCAGACUUGCUUGUUCGCCCGCAGGCCUGGCGGAGAGCUCGCCUGAGACACUCGCUAAACUCAAAGCUAUUCAUCCUAGUGCUCCAUUGAACAGGCGAGCUUUCCCCGCGCAGGAGCCGUCCAAUGGUCGCGUUUCACCAGCCCAGGUGUUGACGGCUUUAAAAUCGUUUAAUAAUGGUUCAUCGGGAGGCCUUGAUGGCUUGAGGCCUCAGCACAUAAAGGAUUUACUUUCCGGUCCGACGCCCACCGAUGAAUUGUUAAAUAACCUCACCCGGUUUGUAAAUUUGUUGUUAUCUGGGGUCUGCCCUCCCGCGGAACCGUCGGGCAUUGCGGCGCACGACGGUAAACGCCCUGACGGGUGUACCUUGAUCCCUUGGAGAGCCGGCAGGUGCUUAGCGUGGGACGUUACCAUUCUGGGCACCUUUGCUGAGCGCUACGUGCAGCUUACUAGCAAAGAAAGCGGUUUGGCUGCAACCAGGGCAUCUGACGAGAAGAUCAAAAAGUACGACGGAGCUCUCCUCUCGAUGGAGUUUUUACCGAUUUGUAUCGAGGUCCUCGGCCCCAUGGACCGUAACACCUCCGGGUUUUUCAAUCGAAUUUGCAAAAAUAUCAGUAUUAGGUCAGGCGAUACAUUUUCUCAAGUAACAGAUGACUGA